AUGACUGCCCGGCAGCGCCAGAAAUGGCGGCAGCUGUGGCAGCUUGCUAGCCAGGCCCUAGGUAGCCCCAACCCCCAGGGUAGCUGGGGCUGCCAGGCCGCAGUUCCAGGGGACCUGGAGGACCCAGAGGGAUGGGCCAUGACCGCCAUUAAAAAAGCAUACUUAGAAUUUUGCAUUGAGCUGCUGAACCAGCGCCAUCGCAGCUAUGAAUAUGAGAGUGCAUUAGUCAUCAAGAUCGCACAGUUCAUGGUGGUCCAGAAGGCAUUAUGGAUGGAUCCCAACCCGCAGCAGAUUAUUCAGACCUGGGUGCGGAAGGACCAGAGCGCUGAAUGGGUGCUGGCUAGUGCGGAUGAUCAACUUAGGGAGAUUAACAAGGGAUAUAGCAGCAAUGACCCCCCAUCCACCCUAGGGCUCCCGUCAUCGCCCCCAUUAUCCAUCCAUAGUGAUGACCCAUUGCCCGCGGCCGCGCAGACCGCGCAGGGGAGCCAGGCCGCACAGGGGAGCCAGGCUGCACAGGGGAGCCAGGCCGCGCAGGGGAGCCAGGCUGCGCAGGGGAGCCAGGCCGCGCAGGGGAGCCAGGCCGCGCAGGGGAGCCAGGCCGCGCAGGGGAGCCAGGCCGCGCAGGGGAGCCAGGCCGCGCAGGGGAGCCAGGCCGCGCAGGGGAACCAGGCCAUGCAGGGGAACCAGGCCAUGCAGGGGAACCAGGCCAUGCAGGCAUGGUUAUGGGGCCCCGACCCCGGUACCAGCUGGGAAUGGUCGUCCGAGCGGUUCCAGGAGGCGUUGAAACGGGAAACCUGCACCUGGCUAGGCACCGCCAUCUAUAUUGCCGCAUACCAGGACAUCGCCAUUGGAAUCAGCCGCUGA